UCGGUGCCCCAGCCCCGCUGCUCGGCGUGGAGCGGAGCUCUCGCCCGGCCUCGACGGGGCCGCGCAGCGCCUUAGCGGGGACCCGCGGUGCGCCCCUGCUGCUGGGCGGCCGCGGCGGAGCGCACAUUGUUCUAGCGGCCCAUCCCUCUCCCCUCCCUCCUCCGCCUCCCGUCCCUCUCUCCUCCCUCCCCAGGUCCCUCCUUCCCUCGUCACCGGCCGCUGUAUAAAUCCCCUGCCCCGGCGGAUCCCCCCACCGCGGGAGACCCUGGUACUUUGGCCCCCGGGGCGGGAUCCCGCCCGCCGACCGCUGGGACUCCGCGCUCCCGCCGCUGACCCCCUCCUCGCUCCCUCCCUCCCUCCUUCCUCCCUCGCACGCUUCCCACCGGCCUCUUCCCCCCUUCGCCACCGCGGGGCCAGGAUGUCGGAAAAACGCGUCGAGGAGGCACCGGCGGAGCUGAGCGCUAAGGAAAGGAAAGAAAAGAAGGAAAAACUCGAGGAAAAAGCAGUCCACAAAGAAAAGAAAAAGGAGAUAGUAGAGGAUGAGGAAAACGGAGCUGACGAGGACGACGAAGAAAAUCCUGAUGAUGUGGAUGAAGAAGAAGGUGGUGAUGAAGAUGAAGAAGGAGAUGAGAAUGGGCAAGAGCAGGAUGGUCACGCAGAGAAACGAUCUGCAGAGGAGGAAGAGGAUGAAGUGGAUCCAAAGAGACAGAAGACAGAAAAUGGCUCUUCGGCUUGAGCCCUCCCCUCCCAUCUCCCCUGUUCCGUCCAUCUCCUCCUCCAUUCCAGCCUGUGCUUGCACUGCCCGUUAGCCUCUGGCUUCACAUAAUCUCAGAUGAGGAAACAUUAGAAAUGCUCUCAAACAGGGAAGACAGCAGUUCCCUUGUCACCCAAAGACCUAGUCCAUCCAUGACAUUCCCCAGCUGAAAUUAUCCUAGUCUCCCACAUCCCUUCACCUGUGCCCCACUUACCAGUGGUCCUCUUCCCUCAAGCAUCUCAUGGUUCCUUGGGGCUCGGCACAUAACCUCGCCAGGCCCCUCACAUGGCAAAGCACCUCCCCUCCCUCCCCUUUUCACCUGCCCGCCUGUUUUUGUCACUGGUGUGAGAUUCUUGAGAGCUCCUGCUCCCCAGCCCUGCUGUCAGACCUCCUCCCUGAGCCAGGAGGCUGCGGGCAGAGACCUCAUGGUGCAUUUCCCAGUCCCAGGCCUCUUCUCAUCCGCUUUCCCGCUGAACCCCGAGAGACAAAGAAUAUUACAAGCAAAUAAUGGUUCUAUUAAGCGACACAUGGAGACAGAAUUUAUUUUAAGCUUUUCUUUUUUUUUCCAAGUUUACAUGACAGCAAGCUGGCCCUCGUGAAUUU